UUGUGGGCAAUUCCCAGAAAUUAAUGGCUAUGAGUUCUUUUUUGAUCAACUCAAACUAUGUCGACCCCAAGUUCCCUCCGUGCGAGGAAUAUUCACAGAGCGAUUACCUACCCAGCGACCACUCACCGGGGUACUACGCCGGCGGCCAGAGGCGAGAGAGCAGCUUCCAGCCGGAGGCGGGCUUCGGGCGGCGCGCGGCGUGCACCGUGCAGCGCUACGCGGCCUGCCGGGACCCCGGGCCCCCGCCGCCUCCGCCACCACCCCCGCCGCCCCCGCCACCGCCCGGGCUGUCCCCUCGGGCUCCUGCGCCGCCGCCCUCCGGGGCCCUCCUCCCGGAGCCGGGCCAGCGCUGCGAGGCGGUCAGCAGCAGCCCCCCGCCGCCUCCCUGCGCCCAGAACCCCCUGCACCCCAGCCCGUCCCACUCCGCGUGCAAAGAGCCCGUCGUCUACCCCUGGAUGCGCAAAGUUCACGUGAGCACGGUAAACCCCAAUUACGCCGGCGGGGAGCCCAAGCGCUCUCGGACAGCCUACACUCGCCAGCAGGUCUUGGAGCUGGAGAAGGAAUUUCACUACAACCGCUACCUGACGCGGCGCCGGAGGGUGGAGAUCGCCCACGCGCUCUGCCUGUCCGAGCGCCAGAUCAAGAUCUGGUUCCAGAACCGGCGCAUGAAGUGGAAAAAAGACCACAAGUUGCCCAACACCAAGAUCCGCUCGGGUGGCACCGCAGGCGCAGCUGGAGGGCCCCCUGGCCGGCCCAACGGAGGCCCCCCCGCGCUCUAG